AUGAAGUUCACCCAGGCUACCAUUGUCUGGGCUGCGGCCGCUCUGGCUCGCGGUGCCUUUGCCGCCGACGAUGCCGAGAGCUCGUCUUCUGCCGCCGAGGCCUCGACCUCGGUCGCCGCUGCGCUGCCUACCUUCACCCCCACUACCCUGAAGGCGCCCUUCCUCGAGCAGUUCACCGACGACUGGGAGUCUCGAUGGAAGCCUUCCCACGCCAAGAAGGAGUCCAGCAACGAGGAGGAGUGGGCUUACGUCGGCGAGUGGUCCGUCGAGGAACCCACCGUCUACAAGGGAAUGGAGGGUGAUAAGGGUCUUGUUGUCAAGAACCCCGCCGCCCACCACGCCAUCUCGGCCAAGUUCCCCAAGAAGAUUGACAACAAGGGCAAGACCCUCGUCGUCCAGUACGAGGUCAAGCUUCAGAACGGUCUUGAGUGCGGUGGUGCCUACCUCAAGCUUCUCCGUGACACCAAGUCCCUCCACCAGGACGAGUUCGCCAACACCACUCCCUACGUCAUCAUGUUCGGACCCGAUAAGUGCGGCCACACCAACAAGGUCCACUUCAUUUUCAACCACAAGAACCCCAAGUCUGGCGAGUACGAGGAGAAGCACCUCUCGAGCCCCCCUACCGCUCGCAUUGUUAAGACCACCGAGCUCUACACCCUGAUUGUCCACCCCAACAACACCUACGUCAUCAAGCAGAACAACGAGCAGGUCAAGACCGGCAGCCUGCUCGAGGACUUCAGCCCCGCUGUCAACCCCGAGAAGGAGAUUGACGACCCCAAAGACUCCAAGCCUGCUGACUGGGUUGACGAGUCCCGCAUUCCCGACCCCGAGGCCAAGAAGCCCGAGGACUGGGAUGAGGAUGCCCCCUACGAGAUUGUCGACGAGGAGGCCACCAAGCCCGAGGACUGGCUCGAGGACGAGCCCCUCACCAUCCCCGACCCCGAGGCCCAGAAGCCCGAGGAUUGGGAUGACGAGGAGGAUGGUGACUGGAUCCCUCCCACCGUCCCCAACCCCAAGUGCGCUGAUGCCUCUGGCUGCGGCGCCUGGACCAAGCCCAUGAAGAAGAACCCCGACUACAAGGGCAAGUGGACCGCACCUUACAUUGACAACCCCGCCUACAAGGGAGUUUGGGCUCCCCGCAAGAUCAAGAACCCCAACUACUUCGAGGACAAGACCCCUGCCAACUUUGAACCCAUGGGUGCUAUUGGUUUCGAGAUCUGGACCAUGCAGAACAACAUCCUCUUCGACAACAUCUACAUCGGUCACUCUGUUGAGGAAGCCGACAAGCUCGCCCAGGAGACCUUCCACGAGAAGCACCCCCAGGAGCAGCUUCUCGAGCUGGCCGACAAGCCUAAGGUUGAGGACAAGCCCAAGUCGCCCUCUGACCUUAGCUUCACCGAGGACCCCGUCACUUAUGUCAAGGAGAAGGUCGACCUCUUCUUGACCAUUGCCAAGUCCAACCCUAUCGAGGCCAUCAAGUUCGUUCCCGAGGUUCCCACCGCCAUUGGUGGUCUCAUCGUCACCCUUGCUGCCCUCGUCGGUGUCUUCGCCAUGGGCGGAUCCGCCCCUGCGCCCGUCAAGAAGGCUGCUGGCGAUGCCAAGGAGAAGGCCAAGGACGCCAAGGACAAGGCCGCUGAGGCUGUCGCAACUGGUGCUGAGAACGUCAAGGCUGAGGUGAACAAGCGCACUACCCGAAGCCAGUCGUAG